UCGUUAUGUUGUUUUCACGACGUAUAGAUCUGCCAUUUUUAAAUACGACGUAAAAAUCAUUCGCACUCUUACGAGACGUCUAAAUCCGACCGCAACCCGCUAAGUGCUAACUGAAUAAACCAUUUUGGUGAAAUAAGUUACAGUGCUAUUCCUUGAAGUAAAUUAAAAACAAAAUGCCUCCUCAAGGGCAACAGACGGGAUCAUGGGUUCUAUUCGAGUCGGAUUUGAACAAAGACGCCACCACGCCGAUCGUCCCACCUUCGGCUGAGAAGAGGAAAUGGGAGAUUGUUUGGAGAAAUGUAAUACUUUUCGUCUUUCUCCAUAUAGGAGGAGUCUAUGGGGGCUAUCUCUUUCUAACAAAAGCAAUGUGGACUACUCGUCUAUUUGCGGUGAUACUUUACCUAUGUUCCGGCCUUGGUAUCACAGCGGGCGCGCACAGACUAUGGGCCCACAAGUCUUACAAAGCUAAACUUCCCUUGCGUAUACUACUGACUAUUUUCAACACAAUAGCUUUUCAGGACUCCGUACUGGACUGGGCCAGAGACCACAGAAUGCACCACAAAUACUCCGAAACCGACGCAGAUCCACAUAAUGCGACACGUGGUUUCUUCUUCUCGCAUGUUGGAUGGCUGCUUGUCAGGAAACAUAGGGAAAUCAAAGAGAAAGGCCACACCAUCGACAUGAGUGAUCUGAAGGCUGAUCCUGUUCUACGGUUCCAGAAAAAGUACUAUCUGAUCCUGAUGCCGUUGGCGUGCUUCAUUUUACCUUCAAUCAUUCCUACGCUUUGGGGAGAAUCGUUAUGGAACGGAUACUUCGUGUGUGCUAUCUUCCGAUACGUUUACGUUUUAAAUGUAACUUGGCUAGUCAACUCCGCGGCUCACAAAUGGGGAAGCAAGCCUUACGACAAGAACAUCAACCCUGUUGAAACGAAAUCGGUGUCAUUAGUAGUACUCGGAGAAGGUUUCCAUAACUACCACCACACAUUCCCAUGGGACUACAAAACCGCUGAACUUGGUGAAUAUUCGUUAAACUUAUCGAAGUUAUUCAUUGACACAAUGUCUAUAAUCGGCUGGGCAUACGACCUAAAAACCGUGUCGAGUGACGUCAUAAUGAAAAGAGUCAAAAGAACAGGCGACGGCUCACACAAGGAAUGGGGCUACGAAGAACUUAACGACUCGUCACAAACCAAAAUUAGUCAGGAUUAAAUUUAAAAAACUAGUUGAAGAAUACCAAAUAUUAGGGAUGGGUAUUUGCUCAUAUAGUAAUCUUUUUCACUUGCUUAGUUCUUUAUCUCACAGCCAACACGCUUUGUAUUAGAUAAACAGUGAAUGAUUUGUGAUAAAUAUUUAUUGUAAGAUAAACGUUUUCAUUUUGUAUUUAUUAAAUGUUUAUAUGGAGUUAGAAGACUAUUAGUUUGUUAGAAAAUAAAAUAUUAGGAGUAAA